UUGUCAACAGUUUUAUCAUUGUGGAAACAAAGACUAUUUUUUUUAGCUUUCCCUCUCAAUACAAGUAUAUUGCAAUGAUAAGGUGCGUCGACAGAUAGUGUUUAGUUCUGCCGCGUUUAGAUAUUGUGAAUUCAGUCGAUGUUGAACAGUAUUCCCGCCUACUCGCACACUUAUGUCAUUUAUACCUAUGGUACCGGCCGUCGUCGUCGGCGCAGCGCAACCCUGACAGUUGAUUGCAGAGAUACGCGUUCGUUGUUGUUACCGAAUACAGUUUUCAUUUAGAUAAGAAAUUGUUUUAGACGUUACAAAAUAGUAACAUUAUUCUUAUUAAGCGUUCUCGGUUUCGUAAAAAACCAAAAUGUCGAAUAAAAGUAAUAGAAAAGUGCAAUAUUUGGCGGGCGUGUGCGCGGCGUUCUCAUUUACAUUCACUGGAGCUACACUGGCGUGGUCGUCGCCGGCGAUUCCAAAGUUCAAAAGUGGUGAAGCGAAUGUUAUUAUCACUGAUACGCAGACAUCAUGGGUGGUGUCUCUCCACUCCGCUGGGGCACUCCUCGGUUGCUACUUCGGGCAGGUGUUAAACGAAAGGGCUGGACGUCGCCGUACAUUUCUGGGCUCAGCCGUGCCGGGCCUCUUAGGUGCGACUCUCUUAUUGAACACCACUAUGCCUGAACUGAUGUAUGUGGCCAGGUUUAUGAUGGGACUCGCAACUGGUAUUAUUGCCGUGGUAACAAUGAUAUAUGUAACAGAAAUAUCGGACAAAGAGAUAAGAGGAGCUUUAGGUAUGACGGUGCAAGUGAUGAACAACUUGGGAAGUCUUACAGUCUACAGCGUUGGUCCCUUUGUUUCAUACAAAACUUUGAAUUGUAUCAUACUGAUUAUACCCGUCUGCUACGUGCUGUUAUGUCUUUGGAUACCAGAGUCGCCUUACUAUCAUCUGAAGGAUGGAAGAAUAGAAGCUGCCAAGAAAGAGUUCAUGAGACUAAAAGGAAAUCAGGAGGAAAGUUUAUUAGAAGAGCAGAUGAAUAUAAUGAGCGCACACGUGAGAGAGAGCAUGGAAAAUAAAACUACGUUGAGAGAACUCCUGACCAACAUGCGUUAUAGGAAGGCUGUAUACAUUGUCACAGGGUUGAAACUACUGCAGUACAUGACUGGUAUUUUAGUAAUACAGUCGUAUUUGGAGCCGAUAUUUAGACAGAGCAACUUCGUGUCGGGGCCCAUCGCUAGUAUCGUGUAUGGAUUCGUGCAGUUGGGGGCAGGUAUCGGCGCAACAUUCUUGUCAAGAUGGUUCGGGCGGCGAAUUCUUCUGUCCAUAUCUUGUCUCGGAGUGUCAGUUGCCAUGACACUAGUAGGCCUAUACUUCUUCCUCCAGGAUACGGUACAAGUCAGCGAGGAAACUUCCCGGGCCAUCUCCUGGAUGCCACUCGUCGGUAUUCUAGGGUUCAACGUCCUCUACGCAGUUGGUGUUGGGAACCUACCUUACGUACUUCAAGCAGAGUUGUUCCCGGUCAACGUCAAAGGUGUAGCUUCAAGCACGGCCACAAUGUUAGCCUGUAUCCUAAGUUUCCUAGUCACAAAAUGUUACCAGCAAAUGAAAGAUGCUUGCGGCCAUUACAUGGUCUUCUGGUCUUUCGCCUUUAUAGGCUACGUCGGUGUAUUCUUUAUUUAUUUCUUUGUACCAGAGACGAAAGGUAAAACUUUAGAAGAGGUUACAACUAACAUACAAGACCAGCGUCCCGAGGCGCAAGCACUGAAUACAGAGAAAAUUGAAAAGGCCUAGUGAGAAGAUUAUGCAUUCCAGUAUUUUAAACGUAAGCGUAAGGAACGGGGUGGUUUUUAGUCAGUAAGAGUCUGACACUGCCUCUCGCCUCGCCCAAGGCGGGAGAAGUCAUUGGAUGAUAUUCCCCUCAAAAAAAAAAAGUAUUUUAAACGUGAGUGGUGCAUGAUAAAGAUUUUUGAUGAUUUCCCGCGACAUUACUAUUUGUUCAAACUUUCGCCGUGAGAAUAGUAUUUAACAACUCCAAAGUGUGAGAAACGAUAGUACAUACAUAGAUGUUUGAAAGGAAAAUAAGCACGCGCUCAUUACUCAAGGACUCAUAGUUAUGUCUCGGGAGAACAAGCCGAUAAUUGUAUUUUGUGGCCAAUGAAAUAACCGUAUCUGUUAUUUCGUAAAAGAUUUACACUCCAAGAGGCAUUUUUGUUUUAGUAAAAUUUAUUAAAGUUUGUUUAAGUAUAUGUAAUUAGGUAUUGUUAUAAACUGUACAUUUACAUGCAUUGUUAUAAAAAGUUGUAAUUGGUUGUUGUCAAACGUUGUACAAAACAAAUAAGUUUAUCUAGUUAUGAUCUAGAAUAAGUAGUAAUAUGAAAAGACUGUCUGCAGAUCAAAAUAAAAACCAAAAUGUGACUAUAAAAUUGUAUUCGGCUGAAUAAAAAUAUGAAAUACAUACUGAUUA